GGAACGCAAAAAAGAAUGCAGUGAAACGUCGUGUCAAUUCAUCCGAUUUUUGCCUUUUUAGCGACUGAUGAUGGCAUGCAUUCUGCUCAUGAGAAAUUUGGUUACAUUUGUUUUGGUUUUGCUCUAUUUUCCGUUGCGCUUGGAUUGUUUGGGAGCCGAUGAAGACCCGUACAAGAUACUGGGUGUAUCUCGGUCUGCAAGCCAUGCUGACAUAAAAAGAGCUUACAAGAAAAUGGCACGAAACUGGCAUCCAGACAAGAACAGUGACCCUGAAGCCCAAGAAAAAUUCAUUAAAAUCAAUGAAGCUCACGAGAUUUUGUCAGAUGAUGAAAAGAAAAAGAAUUUUGAUAUGUAUGGUACCACAGGAAAGCCAAGCAAUGGUGGACAUAAUGAGAAACCAUUUUAUGACCCUCACAGUGGAUUUAGCUUCUUCUUCAAUGGAAUGCCUUUUCAAAACACUUGGUCCAAGCCAGGCCAGAUCAGCCAGAGAGCAUAUUACAAAUCAGUCUUGCCAGAGAGUUAUGAGAAGCCAUACUUGAUAGAAAUCAUCUCUGAUUGGUGUUUUGCCUGUGCGCAGAUUGAAGAGUCAUGGGAGCAAGCAUCCAGCAGCAUGAAGAAGGUUGGCGUAGGGAUUGGCAUCAUCAACAUCAACAGAAGUCCACGCCUUGUCAAUGCUUUGGGUGCUAGAAGGGUUCCCACUAUCGUUGGCAUCAUUAAUGGACGGGUUAUGUUCUACAAUGAUAGGGUUACUGUUCAAGGUCUGAAGGAUUUUGUGAUGGGGUUGUUUCCAAGAGGUUUAAUUGAGAAGAUUACAACAAACAAUGUUGAUACCUUCCUAACAACAAGUGUUAACAACAAACCAAGUGUCAUGCUGUUUUCACCCAAGCCUCUGCCGUCACUCCUGUAUCAUCUGGUGGCUUUCAGCAGUUACAAACAUCAGUCUUUUGGCUUUGUUUCAUUGACAGAUGGCUCUGGGCAGUCUCUGAGAAAACGAUUCCGAGUGGACUCGAAAGAACCAACUGUGUUAAUCUUUAAGGAUGACGUGGCAGUGGCAGAUGUUGUUGUCAGGGCUUCAGAACUAACAAGUGGAAAGCUGAGGGAAGUAGUUGAAUCUCACAAAUAUCUGCACUUUCCAAGACUCUCUUCAAGAGCCUUGUUUGAUGAGCUUUGUCCUGAGGAGAGGUUUAGAUCGUUACGAAGACUUUGUGUCAUUCUUUUUACUAAGCAAGACCAACAUGAGAAAGAGAAGCUUGUUCUGAAGUUAUUAGCAAAAGAUAACAAGUACCUCUCCGAGAAGCGAGUGAAAUUUUUGUAUGUAUAUGUUGAUGUGCAAAGAGAGCUAAUUGAAGAGUUCAAAGAUGGAAGGAAGGAUGACAAAUGUGCAGAUAAUUCAACUGCAUCAAAGGUAAAUGGUGAACUUGAUUUUUCGNAAGACCAACAUGAGAAAGAGAAGCUUGUUCUGAAGUUAUUAGCAAAAGAUAACAAGUACCUCUCCGAGAAGCGAGUGAAAUUUUUGUAUGUAUAUGUUGAUGUGCAAAGAGAGCUAAUUGAAGAGUUCAAAGAUGGAAGGAAGGAUGACAAAUGUGCAGAUAAUUCAACUGCAUCAAAGGUCAUAUUUCUUUGGAACAAAGGUCGGAAGCAAAUCAGAUAUGACUGGCUCUCAGGGGGGUUGUGUGUGUCCAAAGAGCAGGAGUCACUGUCCAAGGCCAAACUGACCUUGAUGUUGGAUGACUUGCUGUCGGGCGAAGGAAAACUGCGCNUGGAAAAACAAAAAAUUAACGGUCGUCCAAGUCUAAAACUAGAUGAAACAUUACCAUAUAACAACCAAUUGUGUCGUUUCUUUCCUUUUGUCAGGAGAGAAACCCUAUCUUUGCUUUCGCUGUUGUGCGGACUUGGAGUUAUUCUGUUUUUUAGCGUUUUACGUCCUGGUGCAAAUGACUCUAUUCAAAGGGUACACAAAUCGUCAUCCAAAGACGACCACAGGGCAGCACAGAGUAUGUCAGCUUUGGGCCUCCUUCGUUUGGACCCAAGUACAGAGCAAGCCCUGAUCAGAAACGCUCCUUCAGGUCACAUAACGUUCACUUUGUUGGUAGAUGCGCUCAGUGCACAAGAAGCAGUGAAAUCACCAUUGAUACAAGCUUAUUCCGACGUAGUCAAUCCAUAUAGUGGUAACCCAAAUUUCAAGUUUACUUGGCUCUCCAUCUCUGAUAACUUGGCCUGGUGCACAGACGUUAUGGAGGUGGAUCGGUUUGGCGAAGUGACGCCUGGGAUUGUGCUGGCAAUAAACGGCCACAAAAAGUACUUAUCGAUCUUUAAACCGACCGACCUCACCAAGACUACGUUCUUCAAGAGUCAAGGAGGGGACCUGAUGGGCUUCGACGACAGUGACAGCGAGGCAGACACCAACGAAGAAGUCGAUGGACAGAGAGAGUACGAGAGAAAGAGGCAAAAGGUGCUGAGUUUAUCAAUACAGAAGGAGCUGGUCAACUGGUUGGAGAAGUUUUGUGAUGGGUUGGUGGAAAGAAAAAAAGUUUCGGAAUGGCCAAGAUUUACUGACUAAUUUAAGUGUUCAGUUUUACUGUUAAGAAACUUCGUGCGAGUAAGCCGAGUGAGUAAAUGAAGAUUUUUGCUUUGCGCGCUCAAUUUACCCGCCGCUCGGGAAACGUUUCAGAUUUGGCGCGAAAAAUGCCAGACUGAUGUGCGUCCAUCAUUGGUUGUUGCUGGGAUUUGAAUUUUCACGUGCACAAAACAACCAAUCAGGGAUCUUACACGGAUCUCUGCGGAGCUCCGUCAUCAGAAAAGACAUUUUCCAGGAGAAUCUCAUACCGCGUUCACACUAGGUCAAACAUGUUUAGUGUUACCUCGAAUUAAACAUGGUUCCCCAGAAACCCUGUUCAGACAUUUUGGUGGUAGGUAAUACGGGCCACAACUUAAAAUGCAAUUUUGUUGUGCGAAAAGGUGUAAGAAAAUGUAGCCCGUACUACUUGGCCUCAGAGACACAAAAUUAAUUUAAGUUAUUAGUAAUAGUAGUAAUUGGACUGAGUGUCGUACAAUUCAGGGAAUAAUCGCGCGAGUAAAUUUAAUAUCAGAUGAGCGCGUAGCCGAUUUGAAAUACGAGCACGAUUACUCCCUGAAUUGUACGACACGAUGUUACCAAAUAGAUAAAUCGCAUUCACAAAUUUCGAGAUUGCACUUUUUUUGAGCGAAAAAGUCAGUAGUGUUUUGCGAAAGUUUCAAAAACUGUAGGGAACACUAGGACGGAAGCCAUUAAAACGCACGUAAUUGACGUGCGAAUAGGGUAGGUAUCCAAUCGCUGGUAUGCGAUUACAAAAAGUAAAAAUUGGGAACCGACGCUCGGAGAACCAAUCACGAUCGAGAAUUUUCUUAUAGAUACUGUACGAUUAAUACAUUAAUUUAACAA